AUGUCGAAGGAAAUAAUGUGGUUUUCAUCUGCGUUUGACGAGCAGCGUCCAGUGACAUCUGUGAUUUCGAAUAGUUAUCAAUAUGGUUUGAAUAUGACGAAUUGUGGAGAAUUGCAGAAACAAACCGUAAAUUCGUCGAAAAAAGCAAUUAAACAUAAAAUCGAUCGGCAGGAAGGUGGGUCUGGAUGCAGUGUAGUUCAAGGUGGCAUUUCCGGGAAAAAGAUGGAGCGAUCGUUGUUGAAAGUAGGAAAUUACAUGGAAAAUGAAUGUUCAUCAAUGUUAUUCGCUGAUCGAUUUUCACCAACGAGAACAGAAGAUCUAGCUGUGCACAAAAAAAAAGUAGCAGAAGUGAAGCAAUGGAUUAUUGGUCAUUCUCAAAAAAACAAACAGUCAAAGAUACUUUUCCUAAUUGGACCUUGCGGUAGUGGCAAAACAGCUACUAUAAAAUCUUUGUGCAAUGAAAUGAACAUCGAAUUAAUCGAAUGGGAAUCUCCUGUUCAAUAUGAUCUUUUUCGUGCGGAUACGGGUGAUGAAAAUAUUUAUGAAAAGUCUCAGGCUGAGAUCUUCAUUGAGUUCCUGAACUCCUCGAGCCGUGCCUCUUUGCAUAAUUUACAUUCAAAAAAAAUGCUUUUUGUUGAAUUUUUACCUAAUUUAUUCUACUGUGAAGUGGAUCAGUUUCAUUCAAUUCUUCGUGAAUGGACGCGGACAUGUAAAUGUAUGCUUGUUUUUGGUUUGAGUACAACAGGGUCUUGGUAUUUAAAUCCCCAUCGUUUAUUGUCUGCAGCAAUUGUACAAGAAUGUAAUAUCGAUAUUAUUACGUUUAAUCCAUGUGCUUUAACUUUCAUCGUGAAAGCACUUAAAAGGAUUAUCUCAACUGCAAAACUGGCUAUAGCACCACAGAAUGUCAAAUGCAUUGCUGAAUUGGCUAAUGGUGAUGUUCGAUUGGCAGUCAAUAAUUUGCAGUUUUAUUCUAACGGAGAAGAUAAACUUAUCAGUGAAUGCGAUCGAUUUACAGUUGAUUUUUCCUAUGAUUUUUUUCACUGUAUUGGUAAGCUGAUGUAUGCAAAAAGGAAACAAGAAAAAUGUGAUAAAUGGCUCAGAAUCGAAUCAACGUUGAAUCCAUCAUUAACAAGGUUACAUCAUAGACCUUAUCCUCCUAAAGAUGAUAUAAACGCUAUUAUCGAUCAACUUUCAUUAAGCUGCGAGAAUCUAUUAUUCUUUGUACAAGAACAUGAACCUAAUUUUGCAGCGUCUUUAAGUGCACUUCGAAGUGUUUUGGAAGAUAUUAGCUUUGCCGAUUUCGUUUUUUGUAAUCGAAACCAUGAAGCUAUUAAAAUCUCUACAUAUCAUAUUGAAGUGCGUUUUUUAAUUGUUCCAUUCCUUUCGAAAGUGCAUAAAUCAUUUGAUUUCCAACAUUCAAAAAAUUACAGUUCAAAGGAAAUCGCUGAACUGAAUGAUCUUGUAGAAGAUACUUUCGAUAUUGAAGAAAUAGAUAUAUGA